AUGAUUAGUCGUUAUAUAUUCGUUUGUUUGUAUUUUAUUUCUUUUUUUCUUAUUAAUCGUGUAUAUGAUUUAUAUCAAUAUUAUUUUCAUUUAUCAACACAUAAUUUAUUUUCUCAACAAAUUGUAUCUAUCAAUCAAUUAAAUAUUGAACAGUUACAACAUAUUCUUAAUAUACGGGGUAUAACAUAUAUUAAUAUUAAUGAAAAAUAUGAUUUAAUUAAAAUGGUUGAACAGACAGGUUCUGUUCGAAAGAGUGAAUUGUCUGAAUCUCUUGAAGAUCAUACGAAACGGCAAACAACAAUAUUUUCAUCAUAUAAACAAUUACUUGAUUUUGUUGAUGAUUGUAAAGAUAAUAUUUGGUUUAUACAUCUUCUACCUAAUGAAAAACGUCGUCAAUCGAUCAUUUAUCUUUCUCCUGAUAAAUGGCAAAUAAUUGAACGUCGUUUAUCAUUAUUUAAUAUUCAAACAGGAAUAUUAAGUUGUUCAAAUAAUGAAUAUUCUAAUUUAUGUCGAACAUUAAAUACUGAACGAUUUAUUUUACUUGUUCCAACAAUAAAUCGACGUUCAAUUAAUAUUUAUUCUUAUAAUAUUGAUUCGAUGAAGAAUUAUAAUUAUCAAUAUAUAUUAAAAUGGUUAAGUAAAACAUUAGAAAAUCAUAUAAAUAAAAAUUUUGAUUGGUAUGAAUUAUCAACAAAAAAUCGCUCAGUAUUAGAAUUUCAAAUAAAUUCAAAUUUAUAUGCAUCAAUUAUACCAAUUUACUAUUUUACUUUAUUAUAUCGUUAUGGUUCUGUUAUUAAUUUUCGUUUAAAUUUUCAAGAAAAUAAAAAUUUUCAAAUAAAAUAUUCUUUUCAAAAUUCAACAUUAAAUUCAUAUAUUUAUAGUAAUAAAAAUAAUUCAUAUAAUAAUUAUUAUGAAUUAUAUUCAUAUCGUUCAUUAAAUAUAUUUCUAUCAUGUUUAACAAUAAAUAUUCACACAUUAAUGUUUAUUUAUUUUAUUAUAUUAAAUAUUUAUUUUCUUUAUGAUAUUUAUUUAGUACAAUCUUUAUUAUUAUUUAAAAAAAUUUUGAUAAUUAACAUUAUAUCUGGACUUUUAUGGUUAUUAUGUAUAAAUUAUAUAUCAACAAAUACAAUCGAUUAUAUUUUACAAAUGAUAUCGUUUUAUUUAAUAAAGUUUUCUCAAAAUUCAAGAAUUCUAAUGUUUAUUAGAAAUGAUUUAUUUAUUUGUUCGAUUAUAUCGAAAUGGAUUUUAUAUUCAAGUAUGAUAAUAGUGCAUAUUGGAAUAGGUCUAUGUUUUAGAUGGUAUUUAAAAGAAAAAUUUGGAUCAACAACAUAUGAUGUAAGUUAA